UUUGAAGAAGUGGAUAACCCUUUCACUGUGCUUCUUCUUCUUUGUUGUGAAAGGUCAGGGAACAAUGGCUUCCUCUGCAACAGCGCCAAAUUCACUAUCCUUCUUCUCAUCUUCUCUCUUUUUGUCUUCUUCUCACCAAUUCCCUAAAACCUACAUUUCCGUCGCGAAAUUAGGCUCCGGCAGAGUGUCGAAGCCGCUCUCUGUCGCAUCCCAGCUAGCGACCCUACCGAUCAUCUCAUUCGAGGGAGAGAAGAUCGGAGAGACGUAUCUGGACCUCAAAACGGCGCCGGAGGAUACCGCGCGUGCCGUCGUGCACCGAGCCAUCGUGACGGACCUGCAGAACAAGCGGCGAGGGACGGCGUCGACGCUGACUCGCGGUGAAGUUCGCGGUGGUGGGAUUAAACCUUACGCGCAGAAGAAAACGGGUCACGCGAGGCGUGGAUCUCAGAGAACGCCGCUACGUCCAGGCGGAGGAGCGGUGUUCGGGCCAAAACCGAGGGACUGGUCAAUCAAAAUCAACAGGAAGGAGAAGAGGCUGGCGAUAUCGACGGCGAUUUCGAGCGCGGCGUCGGCGGAGGGAGCGAUAGUGGUGGAGGAGUUUGGGGAUAAGUUCGAGAAGCCGAAGACCAAGGAUUUCUUAGCUGCGAUGAAGAGGUGGGGUUUGGAUCCAAAGGAGAAAGCUAUGUUCUUGAUGAUGGAUGUGGAGGAGAACGUGGCGAAAUCUGGCAGGAACAUUGGGACGCUGAGGAUGUUGACGCCGAGGACUCUUAAUCUGUUCGACAUUUUGAAUUCUGAUAAGCUUGUGCUGACUCCUGCGGCUGUGGAAUUCCUGAAUGCGAGGUACGGUGUUGAUGCGUUGGAGACUGACGAAGAUGAAGAUGACGAUGAAGAUUCCACGGAAGGGGCAGAGGAAACUGCAGAAUGAGCAGCAACUUAUUAGAUCCAACUGGUGUGUAAGUGUGCCUUAUGAGUUUCACCUUCUCUUUCCUUUUUGUGUUAACAAGAGAAAUGUGUAUUUGAUUUAGAGAUUUUUUCAAAAAGAGAUCAUCCCCAAUUUCUUUUUUCAUACUGAUUUAUGUCUCCAACACUCAAUGAAGUAGACAAUAUGAACCCAACCAUACGAUCUCAAAAA